GUUAUAGUUUUGGCACCAGCAACGAUAUGUAAACAAAAAGUGACAUUCAUAGAUCUAGAUAACUCAUUCACUAACAGUAACACUGACACUGCUAUAGAUCAUCUUUACUUUCUUUAGCCUCUUUUGGAAUCCUUAUAAAUUUUACUUGAAGAAAUUGCCAUUGCAGCAUUAGCGAUUAUCUUGUGAGAGUGUGGUGCUGCAGCAUCACAAAAGUAAAUUCAAUGAGGACCAGUGAACCUGUGGAAAGAGUGGUCAAUCAAAUCGCCUGACAUUUAGACCUUUCAAGGCAAAUCUCAUGGUUAAAUGGCUCAGCCUUGUCUACCAAUGUGAACAUUUUAAACAUCAAGCAUGGUGAUUGCCUCCCGUAUAGUUGUAUUCAAGGAUCAGAUUCUUUUAGAAAUCCAAAUCUGAACUGCAUGAAAAUGAUAAGGUCAAAGUCAAUGCUGAAGGUCAAUGUAUCAGAGGACAAGGAUGAAGCCCAAGAAGAAAAUGGCGUACUUUUCUGGGUAAAUAAAAGCGGAUUCCCCAUUGAUUCGGAAACCUGGGAGCGGAUGUGGGAUCACAUCACAAAGAUCCAUCCAGAUGGCAUUGAUAUUGUUAGGAAGCUGCGCCACAAGCAGGAUUUGCCUCAGGUACCUAUUCCCCAACCUCCAUUGUCUUUCAGUCCAACUGUCUCCAUACCAGACAGACUCAAGAAAAUUCAAGAGUAUAUGACUGAACUCCAAUAUAAUCAUACAGGUACACAGUUUUUUGAAAUUCGAAAAUGUCGACCAGUUUCAGGGUUGAUGGAGUCUGCCAAAGAAAUGAUCCGAGAGGCUCUGCCCAUAAAGUGUUUGGAAGCUGUGGUUCUAGGAAUAUUUCUGACUAAUGGGAUGGCAGGAGUGGAAAGGUUUACCAUUAGCUUCAAAACUGUGUUUAAUGACCACCAGCACCGCCAUGUUGUUCUAGGCAUCUCUUAUGCAGGGCACUACGGAGCUAUUGGCAUGAGUCGCCGAGAUGAUCUUAUGUACAAACCUUUGGAGUUCAAGAGUUUGGCUGACCUUGUGCUGAAUUUUGAGAAAAGCUACAAAAAAUAUUGUCACAGUGUCAAGAAAAUCAAAGUUGGAUUACCAAUCAUCCAUGAUCCACAUUCCUAUGAAAUAAUCAACUGGAAGGCUCUAAUGGUGAACAUGAGCAUUGCCAGCAAGAAGGAUUGCAUUCGUGAGCUAGACAACCAUGCCAGAAAAAUGAAAAGCUUGGCAAAGUCCUCCACUAUCAGCCCUUACAGUACAUUCAAAAUGGUGAACACAGUGGAAGCCACAUCAGAAACAAGAUCUCACAGCCUUAACAGAAGAUCAAAUUCAUUUCUGGCAGCUAGUUUUGUGAAUAAAAAGAAAAAGAAGAAUUCUGGGACAUCUCUAAAUGACUUUGAAUACCAGAUAAGAAUUUAAAACUAAUGACAAAGCUGGGCUCUGUCUGGCAGCGGUAGAGAAAGUAAUCACCGAGUACAAGUACACUGAGUUUAGGUUUCAAAUAAAUUGCUGUUAUUUAUAUUCUGAUCUGCAUUCAAACAUUCUAAGGACCAGCCAAUGAAGAGAUUGUCACUGACCAAUAAAUAUUUGAGAUGUCUAAAUCCUUUUUGUUUUCUUGUGGAUUUGUUUUACAGUUUAAUUUGAUCUUUGACCUUUCUACUUCUGCUUAAAGAGUGAAAUUUUGUAUUAGUUGUAGUUUACAGAAACUCAAUUUAAAUAAUUCAUAGUGUUUGUUUUGUUAUAAUUUUGUGCUUAUUAUAAUAUGACACAUCUGUGGCUACUCAACCACUUACCUUGUCUGUAGUGGGCAAGAAAGUCAAAUAACUGAUAUUCAUGAUACGAGACAUUACUACCACCAUCAAUCUGAGAUAUUAUGUUUAACAGUUCACAAAAUAUUUGUAUACUAGCCUUGUGUUACCCGUCGAUAUAGUCACUGAGAGUGUUUUGUAAACAAUUAAAUAAUAAUGUUAUAUAAGUAUAGCGAAUGUGUGAAUGUAAAAAUAGUAUGAAUCAAAAUAGCUAAUCGACAUAAAUCCAUUUUUUCAAAUAAAAACAUUUGCUUGUAGGCCUACAUAUAUUUGAUUAAAAUUUGAAAUGAAUAGACUUUAUUUUGUAUGUUCAUAUGUUAAAGUAUAAAGUAGAUCUAUCAUCUUUGAAUUAGAUCUUGAGUUAGAGAUAGCCUAGAUCUAGACUAAUCUAGAGUUAAAUAUUGGCUUGGAUAGAGUUCUUUCUGCGCGUGCAUGGAGGCUUUGCUCUGCACAUGCAUGACCUUUUUUGUUAGAUGUAUGGAAUCAUGAAUAGUACUAUUAAAAUAGCGAACGAAAUGUAUGAAAAAUGCUUUAGGAAAACAAAUUUGAAUGUUAAUUUGAUUAUAAUAUGAAAUGAAUGGACUAUAAUUAGUAUGUUAAUGUGUUAAAGUAUAAAACUAUCUUUGCGAAGAGAAGUUCUAUCAUCUUAGAGUUGAAUUAGAGUUUUAGACUAGGAAUAGAGAGAUGUGCAACAUUUCAGACUUGUCUAAUGAAAGAAUGUGCGUCAGGACUUCUAAAUUCGCAGAUAUAAGAAACCAAUUUAUGUAAAAAUGCUUUUUAAACACAAAUUUGAAGGUUAAUUUUAUUGAAUUAUGGAAUAUGAUAAAAAAUCAUGAUUUAAAUUUGAACUUAUUGUCUUAUGUGCUGAGUAAAAUUUGUGAUAUAAAAGUCAUAUAUACUGAUGAUACACUUUAAAAAUUUGUGAUAUAAAAGUCGUAUAUACUGAUGAUACACUUUUCUAUAUUUUUGUUUUAUACUUUAUACACUGUGACUCAAUUUACAUGGGAGCAAUGUUACAUUUCUUUUAAAUUUUACAUUUAAGUUUUUUGUGCUUUUUACAUUUUUUAAUGUUCAAAUUAAAUUGCAGUUUUUAUUUCAUGUUUUUAUUUCAUUUCAAUUUUUUGAACAAUUUUUUCAAUAGAUAUUUUUUUUUUAUAUUCAGCUGUUUUUAUCAUAGUUCAAUUCUUUGAAUAGAUAUUAAUAUUAUUUAUAUUCAGUCUCAACAGUAUACUAGAUUACUGUGUGUGUGUGUGCUACUUCAUGUAUUGACAUACGUUGUGAUAAUUAUUACAGAUUAUCACUUGUGAACCAUUGUUUUAGAUUUACAGUAAAAACUUGUGCAUUGUGUUUAUUGAAUAUGAAACAUACACCAUAAGACAGCACAGAAAAAUAAAGAUACAAUGUAAACA